GCCAAUAUUAAACUUCCAUUGGACGGUUGACAGGAUGUCUGGAGGAGAUGUUGUCUACACAGUGCUGGAGGUGCUGAUCGCUGUUGCCUGCUGUCUGGGAAAUGUGCUGGUGAUCUGGGCAGUGUGGUCGAGCAGCAACCUCCGGCAGCCCACGUUCUGCUUUGUGGUCUCUCUGGCUACAGCUGACUUCCUUGUAGGUUCUGUAGCUGUGCCGCUGGCUGUGCUGGUGGAUGGACGGGUGUACACCUCGUUCAAUGUAUGUCUCUUCAUAAGCUGUGUGGUCAUCAUGUUGACAAUGACUUCGGUCAUGUCUCUGCUAGCCAUCUCUGUGGACAGAUUCCUACGCGUCUUCAUCCCUCUCAGGUACAAGAGGACAGUGACAAAGAGAAGAUCUUGGGUGGUGGUAGCAAUAUGUUGGUUUGUUGCCUUCAUGUUGAGCUUCCCACCCACGUUUGGGUGGUACAACCGUUUCACCUUGUCUCACUCAGGGAACUCAACCACCAUCAUCUGCCGUUUCCGGGCUGUGAUUCCCAUGUCAUACUUGGUUUACUUUUUCUUCUUCCUCUGCACCCUCACUCCGUUGCUUGUCAUGGCUGUCCUGUACUGCUACAUCUUCUGUAUCAUACAAAAGAACCUGAGAGAGAGGGUGGGGAGCAGUACCCAGUCCCACACCUACUUCAGGAAGGAGAGGAGCCUGGCCCAAUCCCUGACUCUGGUCCUGGUGCUCUUUGCCUUUUGCUGGCUCCCUCUGGACAUCAUGAACUGUGUUGCCUACUUUGGUAACACAUCAAACAUACCCCAACAGGCCUUCUAUGUGGGCAUCCUCCUCUCCCAUGGCAAUUCAGCUGUCAACCCGAUCGUUUAUGCCUUCAAGAUCCGCAAGAUCCAGGAAGCGUACCUGAGGAUCUGGAGGAAGGUCUUUGUGUAUCGAGGUGACAGUCAGGGCUCUCAGAGCAACCAGACCACUGAAAACAUUAUCAGCAGCAACCCUAACAGUGCGGAUAGAAAUAUUGAUGGAAAUGCUAUCAGUGUUAUGAAAAUUGACACAGUUGAAGGUACAGCAUGUUAAUAGUGUAGGAAGACAAUAUAAGUGAUAGUCGCUUAGCUUUUUAUCUUUGGCAAAGUGCAUCAAGACCUUAGAACCUGUAUAAAAAGGGAAAACUACUGCCAGGGCGUUAUACA